GACGUGCCCACUCUGAUAUCCAUUCCUGGGACAAACAUGCUUGGUCUUAUCGUCGUUGCCGUACUUGUCGGCUGUGUUUUGUCCAGAAUGAAAGAAAACGCCAAACCAAUGGUUGACCUGUUCCAGUGUAUGUAUCGGGUGGUUAUGCGAUUGAUUGGAAUCUUUAUUUGGUUUACUCCAGUCGGUCUGGUUUUCCUCAUAUCAUCAUCGAUAGUACAUACAGAAAGACCUAUUGUUGUGCUCCAGGAACUGGCAAUAUUCUUCCCUACUGCAGUCUGUUGCUUGAUGUUGCAUUCCUUUGGAUCAUUGUCAUUAUUAUACUUUUUGGUGACGAAAAAGAAUCCCUACAGAUUUGUUCUUAACAUGUCUAAAGCGUUGCUGACAGCAUUCGGGACGUCAUCAAGCGCGGCUACACUACCUGUAACCAUGGACUGCCUGGUCAGUAAGAACCACGUGGACAGCCGAGUGGUGAAUUUCAUUACACCUAUAGGCGCCAUCAUCAACAUGGACGGGACGGCUCUCUAUGUUUCUAUGGUAACAAUAUUUGUCUCACAGAGACUCGGAGUGACGCUUGAUUUUGGAAAUUACAUAAUUAUUGGUCUCUCAGCCUUCGGAAUCUCCGUGGGAUCUGCAGGUGUACCAGGCUUAGGUUUAGUAACAAUGACGAUAGCAGCCAUGGCAGUCGGUCUACCAAUAGAUCAAAUACUUUUGGUGGCUCCGGUUGACUGGAUUAUUGAACGUUUCCGAACUGUUGCUAACGUAUACGGAGAUUCAGUUGGGGCCGGAAUUGUGAACCAUCUGUCUUCAAAAGUUUUGAAUACUACAGAGCAAGGCUUCCCUCAGGAUGCAGGCUCCAAUGAUAGAUACAACUCUGGCAGCAUAAAAGAAACAGAGAGCCUAGUUUGA